AUGGAUCGCUUGCUGCGUGGUCUUGCCAUGAACAUGGGCACUAAAGAGGUGACAGACGACCCAUCCCACCCGGAUUCGGCCGAAACGGUAUUCGUGUCCGCGUUGGCAUUGCUGAAGAUGAUGAGACAUGCGAGAAGCGGUGUACCGCUGGAGGUUAUGGGUCUUAUGUUGGGUAGUUUUGUGGAUGAUUACACUAUUAAUGUCGUGGACGUAUUCGCUAUGCCUCAGAGCGGAACUAGCGUUACGGUCGAGUCGGUGGAUCCCGUCUAUCAGACAAAACAUAUGGAUUUGCUAAAGCAAACCGGCCGUACGGAAAUGGUAGUCGGAUGGUAUCACUCCCAUCCAGGAUUUGGUUGUUGGCUAUCGAGCGUGGACGUUAACACCCAACAAUCGUUCGAAGCUCUUCAUCCGAGAGCUGUGGCCUUGGUAGUGGAUCCAAUUCAAAGUGUAAAAGGCAAUGUGAUGAUGGAUGCAUUCCGCUCCAUUAAUCCACUAGCGGUGAACCCUCGCUUAUGCGCUCCAACAGCCGAAGCCCGUCAAGUCACCAGCAAUAUAGGACAUCUAGUCCGACCAAGCCUUGUGUCUACAGUGCAUGGCUUAGGAUUGAGGUAUUAUUCGAUGAAUUGUGCUUACAAACUGACUACUCGUGAACAGAAAAUGCUAUUAUGCUUGAAUCAGAAAACAUGGAUUGAUGGAAUGGUGCGGAUGUCUCGACUGUCUCAAGGAGGCAAACCCCAUCGAUACAGCUAUUUUAAGGAUAUAAGUGCUGAUAAACCAGUUAGUACUAGCGAGCAACAAAUAAAGAAAUACGGCCAUUUGAAUGCUAAACAAAAGUUGGAAGAGGUCACUAUACUUUCGCCAGAGUGA